AUGCACAAAGGCGUGCAUGGCAAUGGCACCAACGGCCCAAGCAAUGGCAAGCCCCAUGUGAAUGGCGAUGGGCCUCUGGUGCAUCGCAUAAAGGCCGACCGAAAACAGUCCAGUCCAAUGGCCCCGGCCUUUAUGGUAUCUGCGCCGGGCAAAGUCAUCGUCUUUGGAGAGCAUUCUGUUGUCUAUGGCAAGGCCGCCAUUGCUGCUGCCAUUUCGUUGCGAUCUUAUCUUCACGUUACGACCCUCUCCAAGUCUAAGAGAACAGUCUCUUUGCGUUUUACCGAUAUCGACCUCGUGCACACGUGGAAUAUCGACGAACUUCCAUGGGACACUUUCCAGCAGCCUUCCAAGAAGAAGUCCUAUUACUCCCUCGUCACCGAACUCGACCCCGAUCUCGUCGCCGCCCUUGAGCCUCAUGUUGACGUCUCUCCAGACAGCCCAGAGGACAUCCGCCGAGUCCACAGAAACGGCGCCUUUGCCUUUCUUUACCUCUUUCUCUCGCUUGGAUCCCCUUCAUUCCCUGGCUGCCUUUACACUUUGCGUUCUACAAUACCAAUUGGCGCUGGCCUGGGAAGUAGCGCCUCCAUUGCGGUAUGCGUAUCUGCUGCCCUGCUCAUCCAGUUACGCACACUCUCCGGACCUCACCCCGACCAGCCGCCUGAGGAGGCUCGGCUACAGAUCGAGCGUAUCAACAGAUGGGCCUUUGUAUACGAGAUGUGCAUUCACGGCAAUCCUUCAGGGGUAGAUAAUACCGUGGCCACACAAGGCAAAGCUGUGGUAUUCCAGAGGUUAGAUUACAAUAAGCCGCCGGCUGUGAAGCCACUCUGGGACUUUCCAGAGCUUCCAUUACUCCUUGUCGACACCAAGCAGCCCAAGUCAACGGCUUACGAGGUUGCCAAGGUGGGCAAGCUGAAUAAAAUGCAUCCGAAGCUAGUGGGAUCGAUUCUGGAUGCAAUGGACAAGGUGGCUAGCUCCGCAUCUGAGCUGAUCGCCGACGACGACUUCGACGAGGAGGACGAGGAGAGCUUAAUGAAGGUCGGCGAGCUCAUGACUAUUAACCACGGUUUGCUAGUCUCGCUAGGUGUUUCGCACCCCCGGUUGGAACGAGUGCGCGAAUUGGUUGAUCACGAGGGCAUUGGCUGGACGAAGCUUACUGGAGCCGGCGGCGGCGGGUGUUCAAUCACACUUUUGCGGCCCGACGUUCCAAGAGCAAAGCUUGAUGAGCUCGAGGAGCGACUAGACAAGGAGAACUACGCAAAAUUUGAGGCGACUCUUGGUGGCGACGGUGUUGGAGUUUUGUGGCCCGCGAUUCUGAAGAAUGGCACUGAGGAAGAUGAGGAGGGCGGCAUGGAAAUCGACUUGGAGAAGUUCCUCAAUGCGGAAGGCACUGAAGGUGUUGAGAAGCUCGUCGGCGUUAGAGACGGCGGCGAAAGAGAAGGCUGGAAAUUCUGGCGCGUGGAAAGCCGAUGA